AUGGUUUAUGAGCGGUUUCUGAGAGCAAUCGAGGGCCUAGCUUCAUUGGUUGUUGAAGAUCUUAGCAAGCGUGCUCUCCGAUGUGCACUCAAUCUUUUGGCCGAACGCCCUGAGGGUGAAAGGUUUCUCCUAAGCAUGUUGGUGAAUAAGAUGGGACAUCCGAAACCUCAGAUAGGAUCAUUUGUUGCCACACUACUUGAAGACCUUACUAAACGACAGCCAAAUAUGAGGCCUGUCAUUGUUGCCGAGGUUGAGAGGUUGAUCUACCGAACCAAUGUGAGCCCGAAAGCACAUCUGUACGCAUCGACUUUCCUCUCACAGAUCACUUUGCGUUCUGAAGACUCUGCCUUAGCUGUUCAGUUGUUAUCAAUGUACUUCGGGUUGUUCAAAACACUG